GGCGGAGAGCGGGCAGCCUGGGGGAUUGUUCUAGGGAAGCAGCGCUAAGUCCUUUCCACCAUGGCACCCAAGAAAGCCAAGAAGAGAAUAGAGGGCGCCAAUUCCAACGUGUUCUCCAUGUUUGAGCAGACCCAGAUUCAGGAAUUUAAGGAGGCCUUCACCAUCAUGGACCAGAACAGGGAUGGCUUCAUCGACAAGAACGACCUGAGGGACACCUUUGCUGCUCUCGGGCGUAUGAACGUGCAAAAUGAUGAAAUCGAUGACAUGAUAAAGGAAGCGCCAGGUCCCAUUAACUUUACGGUGUUCCUAACAAUGUUUGGGGAGAAACUCAAGGGGGCCGACCCCGAGGAGACCAUUCUCAACGCCUUCAAAGUGUUUGACCCCGAAGGCAAAGGGGUGCUCAAGGCUGAUUACGUUAAGGAGAUGCUGACCACGCAGGCGGAGAGAUUUUCCAAGGAAGAGAUCGACCAGAUGUUUGCCGCCUUCCCGCCUGAUGUGACUGGCAACUUGGACUAUAAGAACCUGGUGCACAUCAUCACCCACGGAGAAGAAAAGGACUGAAGGGAGGCACUCACCGCUGGGCCUGGGCCUGUCCUUGUGGAGAGGGUGGUCCCUGCUCCCCUCACCCUUGGCCCAGAAAGGCCGCCAUGCCUGCCCCUGGCCUGUGAGCUGUGUGGCUGCCUCAGGUAGACACCUCCAUCCCCGGCUCCUCAGUGCCCCGUGACCACGUGUUCUGCGGGUGGAAAUCUGGGCAGGGGCCGUCUUCAAAUAAACAGGAGGCCGUGUGUCUGUC